AUCCCCUCCGCCGCAACCCUGAAGUUCAUCGUUAUAAUCCUGGCCGCCGGGAUGGUGGCCUUCAUCGGAGCGGUUAUCUGCAUCAUCGCAGCCGUCCACACCGGAUCCUCCAGGGCUGCCGCGGCUCAACAGCAACCUGCAACCGACAACCACUCGCUGUACCCGGACGCGGCAGCGCAGACCCCCGCUGCGGGGGGCUCCGUAGCCCGGGUGGGAUCAUUAGGAGCUCUCCACGGUUCUGAAACACCGGGCUCAGAAGCUCCCACUUUUAACAUCGGGCUCAGCGGGCUGGACGGGGUCACUGGACUCACCGGACACGACCCAACUGUGAGCCGGCUCAUCUGCACUCCGAUCCCCGCCGGAGAGUGCAACCCGAAAAACUUUCAGCAACAAGCGGACGACCCGGGGCUUUACGCGGGCGAAGACUGGGGCUACCUCCGCACCAAAGCGGAGGAGCUCCGGCAGACCGUCCUACAGCAAAAGGACCAGAUUUUAACAGACCAGAGGACCAUCAGGGAGCUGACAGGGAAACUAUCCGAGUGUGAGAAGGGGCUGGACGGCAGGAGCAGCGAGGCGGACAGACGCGGGAGUGCAGCAGGGCUGUUCGGGGGGAAAAGUAAGGCAGAGGAGACCCAUCUGGAGCGGAUCAUGGUGCGGGACAGCCCGGUUUCGACGCCCGACAGUGCCCACCUGCUCACCGUCAGAGCUGUGGAUGAACUGGAGCAGGCUAUCACCCAGCUCAAAGACCGCAUAGAGAAGCUGGAGUCAGACAUCGGACCUUUCCCUCACAACCAGACUGAAAGCAGCACUUCAGGAGCACCGGGGGAAGGUGGGACGUCUGGCGGCCCAGAAAAGUUUGCUGACCCUGGGCACAGAGGUAGCGCAGACAGACCCUGGAGAAUGGAGGACUUGGAGGGGGAGCUGGAGAGGAAGAUGGAGAUGCUGGAUAAAGAGAGAAAAGCCCUGCGGCUGGAAACGGAGAGACACAGACAGGAAAUCGACCAGGGCAUCAAUAAACUAAAACACCGUAUUUCAGGACUGGAAGAAGGUACCUCAGGGCAUUCUUUCCCACAGGGUUACAGGCUGUCCUUCCCGACUCGGACAAACUACAUGUACGCUGUAGUGAAACACUCCAUCCCUAAGCUGCGGGCCUUCACUGUCUGUCUGUGGCUGCGGCCCGCAGAGGUGGGAAUCGGGACGCCGCUGUCGUACGCCGUUCCUGAACAACCCAACGAGCUUGUGCUGCUGCAGGGUCUGCACACUGCCGCUGAGCUGCUCGUCAAUGACAAGGUGGCGCAGUUGCCGCUGAAUCUCUCCAGAGGCAGCUGGCAGCACAUCUGUGUGAGCUGGAGCCAGAAGGGAGGAGCCUGGCAGGCGUACCAGGGGGGAAAACUGAGGGGCGAGGGCCACUCACUGGCGGCUGGACAUCACAUCAGACCAGGAGGAGUUCUCAUACUGGGGCAGGAACAGGAUUCUCUGGCCGGAGGUUUCGAUUCAUCCCAGGCGCUGGUUGGAGAGCUGUCCCAGGUGGGUCUCUGGGACCGCGUCCUGUCCUCUAGCCAGGUGGCUAGCUUGGCUCGCUGUGGGAAAGUGACCCAAGGUAGUGUGGCUCCCUGGACCGAGAAUGGCAUUGAGGUUCACGGUGGUGCAACAAAGGACCCGGGGGAGCCGUGUAGUAAACACAAGAGGAAUUCUCAAUGACCGUGGGGGGAAGGGAUGCUUGUAAAGGAAAGUAAAAGAUGGACGCGGAGGGGGUAAAGUUUGGCACCUUUGACAUUUUCAGCAACUCUUCGUGGCAUGGACUGACAAGUAUGAAUAAAUGAAAGUAAAAUGGUAUAUUUCGAGCUGUGCAAUUACUUUACAUUUUACCAACUCCUGGAAAACUAACACUGAAAAUCAGAAAAUCAGGCUCCAAGAUACACUAAACUACGUAAAGGUCGGUCCCCACUCAGUGAGCUAAUUAUCAAACAAGCUAGCAACCUAAUAAGCCAAGAGGAACUUGAGUAUACUGUGGAAUAUCAAGCCUUUGCUAGCAAUUACAUAUAAAUGUAGAAAUAAUCAACUAUUACCUGAAAUGUCACACAUUAGAAAACAGCUGUUUCCAAGAUUUAGCCUAAAAAGGAAUAUCUCUUUUAUGUCUGUUUGGUAAUAAUGAAACAGCUGUUAGCAAACAGCUAGUGGAGCUGAGCAUAAAGACUGAAAACAGGAAAAUAGCUAACCUAGCUGUACUAAAAGCUAACAAAUUCUAUAUUCCCAUACCACAAAUGACCACUUAUUGGCACAAAGAUACAAAACAUGUUUUUUUUCAUUGGUUUUUGGAUGGAAUCAAAAAAGAAGUUGCUGUUUGUAAGAAAGUGAGCUAAAAGCAACAGUUUGCAAACUAAGGGAUGAUGGGGUUUAAGGGCCUUGUUUACACAACGUUUUGCUUCAUUUUCCGUUUUCAUUUCCGAAAAAGUUCCACUUUAACACGGCAGCGUUUUGAAAACAAUCUCUGUCUACACGGGGACGCAGGAAACACAAAAACGCUGUAGUGCGGUGAUUCCUGCACAAUUAAAUUGUCUCUACAACAAGGACGUUACUGCACCUUCACUGUUUUUCAUGUGUUUUUUGAGAACGUGUGAUAUUUUUAUCAUACACGGGAACAAGAGAGUAACUCAUCACUAAAUCCUCCUCCUCAUUACCAUCAUAUCGCGGUAGCGAAAUUUCACAGCACAAACUCAAAAAUGCUUUGCUGGACCAGUCUUGUUAUAUGGAAGAUACCCUUUAAGACUGAUUUUCUACAGAAAAAAUUUAUCCUAUAGCCUAUAAUUUCUCCUGGAUUUUCUCAGAAAAUGCAGUGCUUCCUGCAGCACUGCAGGAAAAGGAUAGCCUCUUCAGAACGAUAUUUCUAAUUCCCCUUUUCAGGGGACACGUGCGUUUUCAGAAAGUGUCAUUUUCCCUGUUUAUGCGGAGACAGAGACUUUUAUUCUGGAGCCCGUUUCCAAAUUGUUCCGUUUUCAGCCACCAAAACGCUGUUCUCGUGCAAACAGCCAAAAUGCAACAAAAGUUUUACAUUUUCACCUGAAAACGUUGUCGUGUAAACAGGGCCUAAGACUUGUUGUCUUAGCCAGCUUGUUUUUGCCUUCUUAUCUGUCUUUAUGCUAAUCAAAGUAAGCUAACUGCUAGCGGUAGCUUCAGACCUAGCAAGCACAACUGUUUGGGAUACCUUGACCCUUUAAGAAUUAAGUGAAAAGGCAAAGUGUACUUGGUUUUUGAACUGAAACAAAAAAAAAAAACGCCACUGUUUGUAAGAAAGCGAGCAAAAAACAACUGGCUCUGUAAAAGGCUAAUGAAUUCUAUAUUCCUGUACCCCAAAUGAUCACUAAUAAGCACAAAGAUAUAAAACAUGGUCUUUUCUUUAGUUGGAUUUUGGACAAACUUUUAAAAAAAUGAGUAAAUGUUGGUAAGAAAGCGAGCUUAAAGCGACAGUUAGCACGCUGAGUGAUGGUGGAAGGUAAGACUUUUGUCCUUGCUAGCUUGUUUGCCUUCUUAUCCGUCUUUAUGCUUAGCAAAAUAAGCUAGCUGCUGGUGGUAGCUAGCUAUAGAGCUAGCAAGCACAACUGUUUGGGAAAUCUUGACCCUUUAAGAAUUAUUUGAAAAGGCAGUGUUCUCCCAUAAAUGUUGGACUUUUUUGGUAAAGCUUACAAAUCAGUUGAUGUGCCCUGAUGAACCAGCUUAAAAUUUGCAGAAAUGUCUACUUUCUUUUUAUUCUCUUGAGAGUUUUUAAGAGGUUCAGUCAGGUUAUUUUUCUCAGCGUCUGUAGCUUAAGAGCUGUUGACCUCCAAUAUGGCUGCCAGAAGUUGUAACAAGCCAGCUGAAAUCCCUCCAUAAGUCCAAGUAGGUCAGAUAACUGUAGAAGUAAGGAGUCGUACUGAGUCGAGGUAAGGUAAUGAAAAACGCUGGGAAUAUUAAGUAGAACAUGGAAGCUUAGACUUGGAGUAAUGAUGAAAGAAAGUAAAGAGGAAUAAACUGAGAUUGAUGUGGCUGUUUUAAGGAAUGAUGCUACUUUGUUUUCACCUCUGCAUGAUGUAUUCACAUACUUGUAUUGUCUUGCCACUGCACUGUGCAGCUCAUAAGUGUCACAACGAUGCCUCCUGCAUCACGUCUGGCAGCUGGUGUCUCUUUGUGUUUGUCUGUUAAGGCCUAAGGGUCUCUUUUGUUCCCCUAAUGAUUUACUGAACAAAUCCAAAGUAAGACAUCAUACUCCCCGAGAAGUUACCCCAAGAAGGAUGCUUUAUUUAUUGCAGCUUACAUAAUCCCCCAGUGUUUGCCCUAUUUCUCUAAUUCUUUGCAAAUUUAGAAAUUAAAGGUCAAGUGUGUUGUGUACAACGAAGUUUGGCUUAUGCUAUUGCACAUAAUGUUUAUGGGUUCACUGUCAUGAAUGUAACCGUAAAUCACACAAAAACUUAAUUACCAAUAAUGGACCGGUCGUUUCAACUGUUUUGGAAAUUGGAUGUUUUUUGUGUCAAAAAUGUGAUUUAACAACCUGCAACCUCUGAUUCCUCCAACCUAACAUUCCUAGAAUACAUUCCAUGCAUGAGUCGUCCUGUGUGUUUGCAACAUGUAGAUGCCUCAGAGCAUCAUGUGUUUCUGAAAGCCAUCCAUGACAAUAUUUGAACUCUAAAAAACACCUAAGAGUUGUUCCGAUAUCAGCCAGCAUUGGUAUCAUGUAUGGGGCACCAUAGGUAAGCCAUAAAGGAUGGACUGAGCAACAGCUGCCUGAGAGUGAAGCCAAAAGAUUAAAGCUCCACCUACUGACUGACUACGGUAUAGGUCAUAAAUCCUGCACAUUCUAUGUUAACAGAUGAGGAAUGGGUUGAACUAUAAUGCUAGAAUACAAACGUGUCAAGAUUGGUGUUGUUGCCACUUAUCAAAAUUCCUGACAGUCAUUGAACUCAGUGCUUCAUGGUUACUAUCAUUGCCAUGGCGGUGUUUGUCGUGCUUCCUCCAUCAGUCAGCUCACUUCCUGACAGGCUUUUCCAUCUGGCAAUCCACAGAGUGGAUCUCAGCUGUCCUCGAUGUUCCCCCUACGUAACAAGAAUUCUGAUCGUGUAUAUUGGACAUGUUUAAGAGGCUCCUUUUUUUUUUUUUUUUUUUUUUAAGAUUUAUUUUUGGGCCUUUUCAUGCCUUUAUUUGAUAGAGGAAGGACAGUGGAUAGACUCAGAAACAGGGAAGAGAGUGGGGAGAGACAUGGGGCAAAGGGCCACAGGCCGGAUUUGAAUCCGGGCCACCCCCGUACAUGGAUAGCGGCUUAAACCACUUGACCAUCUGCACUCCCGAGAGACUUCUAAAUAUUGAUUUCAAUAAAAUCUAAAAAGCUUUAGGUCAUUUUUAUUUUCUAAUAAAACUUUUUGCUUCAGUAAAGAAACAUUUGAAAGACAAAAAAAAAUUACGAAACUGAAAAUGCGCAAGAUUUACGUGGAAAAAUGGUAGAAAUAUAUACCUUGAAUGUUAAUCAAUAUGUAGGCAUUAAAAAUAGGGAAUAAAUACACUUUUUCUUUCAGGAUAUGUCCAACUCUGUUUUUGCACCAAUUUAGUAGAAGUGUUUUUUGUGUUGUUCAUUGAAAUAGACCCACUGCCCACAUAUGAGGGCAUCAUUGUUUUUGAAAACUACUUCUUGAAAUACAAUGUUUAAUUAUUUUACUUUUACUAAUCCAAAGAUUAGUGGUCCAUAGACAAGAUUGCUAGACUGGCUGGUGACUCUAAAUUGCCCAUAGGUGUGAAUCUGAGAAUGGCCCCAUCUCUCGCUCAAUGAGAGGUGGGAUUGGCUUCAACUCCUACGGCCCUAACAGACGGUAUCGAAAAUGGAGGGAUGGAUAUGCGUGAUUUCACAUCCGAGAGGCCCCGAUCAUCUUGGGGAGGAUGAAUACUCAACACAACUCAAACCAUGGGAAAAUCUGGCAAGAAAAUCUUUAAAACCAUCAGAAAAUCUGGUCUUUGCUGCUUUAGAUUGGGGCGAGCCUGGGCCUAUUAUCUUGUCGUAACUGUUAAAAUUACCCAAAGCAAGCAGAGUAUGCAAUUAUCCACCAGUAUUUUAGAUAUUCUUUAUUCCCUGCUAAGAAAGUGGUGCUCAGUAUCAGCCAGUAAAGUUCAAAACCCGUAACGAAAGGGCAUCAAUGAUGUCGGAACAACUCUUACCUGUUCUUCAUGGUUGUACAAUGCUAAAUGCAGAUUUAUCUUUUAUAAAACUUCUGAACUACUUGCUCUCCCUACUGGUCUAACCAUAAUCCUGAGUGGAAAGUGCCUGUAAGGGUGUUUUGUACCCAUGUAAACAAUCAUUGAAUUUAUUGUCCUUGGUGAAAUUAACACUGCGAGGUGUUUUGAACUAAUUAAGCAUCAGUGUUUUUUGCCAUUUCUCUAAUGUGCUUUAAAGAUUUAGGAAGUCUGAUUAAAAUAAAAUACAGGCACAGGACUUCUGCACCCUGUGCUUGAACUGAUGCUAAAUGAGGUCAAAAUCAUCUCUCUGCGCCUAAUAAUAUCUUUGAUGAUGCCUUUCAGUCUGCAGUGUUGUUAUUAAUAUUAUGCCUGAUGUCUG